AUGCUGCCCUGGGAGAAGCUCAUCAAACUGGUCGGCGGUCGCGCGCUGGCCGAGAGGAGCGAACAAAAGAGGUUGGAGCGGGAAUACAAAGAUGCCGCGGCAGCCCUCAAACUCAUCACCGAGGUUGCGAACGAACCACGUAUCGAAUAUACUAGCCGUCCGCCAUCGGUCCAAAGCACCUCUAUACCAAAACGUCGCAAGCCUGUCCAUGGCACCUUCGGGCCUCCACAUAGACCGGUCUAUGAACGAUGCGCCUCGAGCCCUGUCGUUCCCGCAUUCAACGCCCAGAAGACGCCACCUGGUCCGCCCGACAUCACCGCUCGAGAUCUCAGCGCGGAGGAGCUGAAGAGAAACUACAGCUCCGACAAUGUCUGGCACUUCCACCACCAGCCAUUACCGCCCAUGCCGCAGAUGACAGGCUUUGGGAGGUAUCGAAGAGCGAUCAAUGCACCUGCACAAUGGCAAAUGGACCAUCUUCAUCAAAACAUGCAUGACAUGGGUACGGUUAUCGUGAAUCAUCUCGGCGACUGCCCUCCUGCUGGAUUGGACGUUGAAACCUGGCGCGAAUACCGCACUCAACACUCACGCACCAGUAGUCUGGGAAGCUCUCGCAGUUCUAGCUCCGGCCCUGGGCAAACCGUUGCUACGGAGUAUCUCGACACCACUACUGGGACUCGUGUCAGUCGCGGUUUCUGCCCGUCCAAUACUUCGAGCGCCGCAAGCUCCUUCAGAGAUGGAUCCGGGAACUAUCGAAGAGACUCCAAUAUGUCCAAGGCCAGCAUGACGAGUCCUAUCAGUGAUGCAGAUCCUGAACAGCACCCUCGCCAGAGCCGCGUGUCACCAUAUCGACAUACGAGCGUGACCUCGAUCAGCCCUCUGACAGCUAUCAGCGAAACACAGGAGGCCUAUAACACUGCUACUCGCAAAGUCGAGAAGCCUUGCGAGUUUGACCAGGGGGACAACAAUGAAAACGCUGUGGCAUCUGACGAGGAUGAUGACUUGGACUGGUCCGACAUGCUCGUGGUUGGUGGUGGCAAUGCCAGCAAUCUGACCAAACGACUUGAACGGACGUCCUCGACAGUCAACACCAGACUAGUUCUAACGAAACAACGAACCAACUCUCAAGAAAGACCGAAAUCGCGGACGUCGAAGAGAGCAGUGCCUGACCGUUCCAAGACCAUCAAGGCCGCCACUCGUCCUGCUCAGCGUCGUGUCCAGCUCCAGAGAAAACAGUCGGACUCUAUAGAUCUUGUCCCCGCUACGAGUUUCCAGCCGGCUCAGAAAGAGUCGAAACGACAGACCCAUAGAUCAAGAGCUGCCGUCGUUGUGAAGCCGCAGUCCGAAAAUGACGACUUGCUCGUCAGAAAGCAAGCACCAAAAGAAGGCGUCACACAGCAGAAGACGAUCGCGUAUAUCGAGCGCGACCAGCACGACAGUACCACCGCGUCGCCAUCGCCCGUGACCGAUUUUGGGGCAGUGCUGUUACAAUCGGAUACCUCGAAUGAGACCCUAUUCACCGGCCAUGCGAGGAACACCAUGCAGUCACCUUCGAGGGGCAAAAGAGACAGAUCUAAUACGGUCUGCAGAAUACCACUUUUACGAUCAUCGUCGCCAAUUGUGCAGGCGGAGGAUUCGACGACCAUGAAGAAAUGA